AUGCCUAUGUUAUAUAAACCAGCAGCUGAAGCCCAGCAAACUAAACCACCACAAAUCCCAUCCCCAGGCAAUAACUCGUUCUUGGGUGACAUCUUCACCUCAGACGCUCCAGAAGAUAAACAGAUCUCGUGUGGUUUCUACAAGCAAGAAGCUGGUGAGCCUUUGGUCUACCACUACUCAUACGAUGAAAUGAAGAUCAUCUUGGAAGUUGAAGGUGAAUACACCAUAACUGACGAGACUGGUUACAAGGUUAGUGUUUCGCCAGGUGACGUUUUCUACUUUUCAAAGGGCACCACCAUCACUUUUGAAACUACCGGCUACGGAUUGGCGUUCUUUACUGGUUUGAGACCAAAAGAUGCUCUUUAA